AUGGGACGCCAUUCGUGUUGUUUGAAGCAGAAGUUAAGGAAAGGUCUGUGGUCACCAGAAGAAGAUGAGAAGCUCUUCAAUUACAUCACCAGGUUUGGUGUUGGUUGCUGGAGUUCAGUCCCAAAGCUUGCGGGUUUGCAGAGGUGUGGAAAGAGUUGCAGGUUGAGAUGGAUAAACUAUUUGAGGCCUGAUUUGAAGAGAGGGAUGUUCUCACAACAAGAAGAGGAUCUCAUUAUCAGUCUCCAUGAAGUUCUUGGCAACAGGUGGGCUCAAAUUGCAGCACAAUUACCAGGCAGAACAGACAAUGAGAUAAAGAACUUCUGGAAUUCAUGCUUGAAGAAGAAGCUAAUGAAGCAAGGAAUUGACCCAACUACCCACAAGCCACUAAGUGAAGAAGAAAUGAAAGAGAAGAAGAGUAUGGAUUGUUCAGAAUUAAAAGAGUGUUUGCCAAUGCCAGAGCAUGAACAAGGGCUUCCAACUAUACCAGCCAUGUCUUCCUCCCAAGGUCCAACAUUUCUUGUCAAUGAUUCAAAUUACUUUGAUGGAGCUGGAGUUUUAACACAAGCCUCAAGGGCCUUUGAUUCUCUCUCUUACUUUGAGUUCCAAACAGGUAUUGAGCCAUCUGGCUACAAUUCAGAUCUUGUUUCCACUCAAUACCACCCUACCAAUGUUAGACCCCAUUUCAAUCAACCCCAUAAUACUACUUAUGAGACAAGCUCAAAUUUUGGGUUCACUUCAAUGCCAAGUUUAGCGAAUUCGGACCACGGGAGCAUGUCAGGGACAGAUUUUUCUGAUAAUUCAGCUUCAAGACUGAGCUCAUUUUUCAUGAAUGAGGUGAAGGAAUGUUCAAGCAAUAGCUCCAAUGUGAGCAGCUAUGCAGCAGGGUUCCAUAUGAACAACAACAACAACAACAACAACAACGUAGUCGAAAAUGCAGCUUUUUCAUGGGACACAGAUAACAAACUAGACUCCAUGUUUCAAUUCCAUGCCAAUGGGAUAAAAUCAGAGGAGCUUAUCAAACCCAAUUCAUGGCAACAAGGGCAGCAGCUUCUUCAUGCUCAAAAUUCUGUAGAUUUCAAUAGCUAUCCGUUAACGUCGCUGUCAGAAGAUCUAACAGGUGCAAAUUUUGAUGUCUUCCAGCAUAUCUGA